AUGAAGGCGCUACUAGGAGCUCAAGAUGUUUGGGAGAUUGUUGAGAAAGGACAUAAGGAUCAAGAAGAUGUUGCUCUUUCUCAAGCUCAACGGGAAGCCUUGAGGGAUUCAAGAAAGAGAAAGACAAGAAAGCUCUCUACCUCAUCUAUCAAGCGGUUGAUGAAGAUGCAUUCGAGAAGAGCUCUAAUGCAACUACGUCCAAAGAAGCGUGGGAGAAGCUUCAAACUUGCAACAAUGGAGUGGAGCAAGUUAAAAAGAUCCUUCUUCAAACUCUUAGAGAGUAUUGGCAAUUGUCAAUUAAUUAAGAAGAAUGGUGAAGAAGUUAGUGAAGUGAAGGUCAUAGAGAAAAUUCUUCGCACUGCAACUCCAGCCUUUGAAUACAUUGCUACAAACAUUGAAGAAAAGAAAGAUUUAGAAACUAUGAUUGUUGAGCAACUCAUGGGUUCUUUACAAGCCUAUGAGGAGAAACAAAAGAGGAAAAAGAAGCAAAAGGAGACGGUGGAGAAAUUACUUCAACUCAACUUGAAGGAAGAAAAUUUUGCCAAUAAUAGAAAUCAAAGAGGAAGAGGACAUGACCAAGGAAGCAGACGUGGACGUGGACGUGGCCAUGGACAAGGAAGAGAAUGA